UCUAUAUAACGGUACGCGACGCUGACGAGCACAUUUAGUGAACGCCACGACGCCGACGCCACUUGACGCGACCGACAACAAUACAUCGGACAACCUUCGUCUAUUACUCGUAUAUUGUUCGGUUGAUUGAACAUUGAACGGGCACGGUUGAUUUACUCCUGAAGUUUCUGAUUGGAAACGUGCGUCAGGAAUAUACGAAGCUGCUGAAGUCAAAUUUCGGUUUUCGGACUUAAUUUAUAUAUAAUUUAUGAUAAAACAAAAACGUUUCCACAAGUGAAUAAUGUAAAUUAUUUGUAAUUUAUGGCAUAUGGCUUGAAUUUUAUUAAAAAAGAAAAUAUAAUAUUUUCUGCUCAUGUCCAACGUAAAAAUGGCACUUAAGCAACAAAUAUGACGUUGUAACUCAUUUAAGUACAAAAGCUUCAAAUUUUAUGGUCAUCCUACUUUUACAAGCUAUCUUAACCGUGUUUCUUUAUCGAUGAGCUCAUUUCCUCAUUAAAGUUAUUUAAGCCGUCAAAUGUCCAAUUAACUAACUGUUUCACGCAUCCAUAAGAGAAUAGAGCAAUUAAGAAUGUGUCAUCAAGACCUUAAAAAAAAUCCUGCAAGGGCCAUUACAACUUUCACUAUUUCUUCAAGUAGAAAUACCGUCAAUGAGAAACCCAGUGUGGAAACAAGAUUCUAAAGGGUACAAAAGCUCUAACAAAAAACUGAUGUUAAUUACAGACUUCUAAAGACAUGCAACAAACUACAAAGAGAGUAAAGGGGAAAACUGAAACUAAUUAAACAUCGAUUUCAAAAUAUGAAGAACUUUGUCAUUUAUCGAAUAGAAUUAGGUGUCGAAAAGUGCUAUGACAAGAAGGGUAGGUGGAGACCGUAGACAACGUUGCCGAGAACGUUUGGAUUUGCGUGGUGUUGGGCACGCAACAAGUCGCUCGGCGUGCGAAUUGCCUGUAACACUUCUUCGACAGUUUCCGGCCAAUGUGUCGCUAUUAAAACUUCCAAGCAUGGACUAUGUGAGUUUCGGCUGCUGUUUGCUCGCCUUCAUCCUUUACUACAAUUCCCUCGAUGGAGACUUUGUUUACGAUGAUCGGCGUGCAAUUCUGACAAACCCAGACCUUCUUCCAUCUUCCCCAUGGAAUCAGCUAUUAGAAAACGACUUUUGGGGAACGCCUCUGAGUGAUAGUGGAUCUCAUGGCUCAUACAGACCUCUUUGUGUGUUAACCUUCCGCAUAAACUACUUGUUGGGUGGCUUUCAGCCAUGGGGUUAUCACGUAGUCAACGUUAUUCUGCACUGCUUAGCUACCGCGCUCUUGGUACGGGUGGCUCGUUCAGUAUUACCCACGAGUUAUUCAUAUAUUGGAUCUGCUGUUACCGGAUUAAUUUUUGCUGCUCAUCCUGUUCAUACUGAAGCAGUUGCUGGAGUCGUUGGAAGAGCUGAUUUAACUGCUUGUAAUUUCUACUUCAUGUCGUUCUUGUGUUACAUAGCCCAUUGUAAAUACAGAGAUCAUAACCAUUACAGAAAAUUAUCCACGGUAAAUAAUUUCUGCUACAGAAAUGUACAGGAAGAUGAUAAAGCUUCAAAGUAUCACAAGUUUGUAGUUGACUUACAGAAGAAAGUGACAAAUUGUAAUUGGCCGAGGAGAUUUACCGAACUCGAAGUGCCAAGAGAUAUGGUUUCUACAAAAUUUACUUUAAAAGGAUAUGCUUUAUCUGACGGUGUAUAUGAGUUUUCGUGGACAGAGAAUUUGAAAAAAUGGACAUGCCUCAGUUUAACUAUAGUUCUCGCGUUGGCUUCCAUGUUGAGCAAAGAAACAGGCAUUACAGUAACUGGGAUAUGUCUUUUCUAUGACUUUCUUAGGACUCGCAGUUUUACCAAGAAACAAUGGAGAAGUGCUUCAGUUUUGAUCAUGUCAACCGCAUUGAUGCUGUUUUUUCGACUUCACUUCCAUAGAACUCCCUAUUUUUCUACGGCAGACAAUCCGGUAGCAAAAGUCCAGUCAGUCUGGUCUAGAUUUUUCACAUUCCUCUAUCUUCCAGUUUUUAACGCAGGCAUUCUGUUCUAUCCUCAUGAAUUGAGCUUUGAUUGGGGAAUGGACGCACUGCCAAGAAUUACAACCAUUUCUGAUCCACGAAACGGAGUUAGUCUCGUUUUCUAUUCAAUACUUGGACUAAUCACUUACAAGUGCUGGAAAACGUUGGAGAAAAUGAAAAUGCCUAGAGAUAAAUUAACAAAAAGUAAGAAAACAACGGAAAAGGCAUUAGUUAUAAGUAACGAAUCACUGAAGUGGGUUUGUCGAUGUCACGUUUGUCAUUAUAACAUAACCAACGCUCACACAUUGAUGUGCCGCACAAAUAACAAUAACAAUAAUAUAAGUGCACAUUCUGUUUGUACUUGUAGUCGAGUGAACGUUAAGAAGGUAUUUAAAAAUGAAAAGGUGACAUCGUUGAGUGUUGUUAGGGCUGUUUUGUUAUCGCUCGCGUUUACAGUGAUUCCAUUUCUUCCCGCGACCAAUCUUUUAUUCUAUGUCGGGUUUGUAGUGGCGGAACGAGUGCUUUAUUUACCUAGUGCGGGAUUUUGUUUACUCGUUGGGCUGGGAAGUGCCAAAUUGUGGGAAGUGCGAAGGUUUAGGUACCUUGCGGUAGCAGGACUUGUCACGCUAUUGUUAGCAUUCAGUGCGAGGACUAUUUUACGAAACGAAGACUGGAGGACGGAGGAAAAAUUGUACAGGUCGGCUGUAAACAUCAACCCUCCAAAAGCGUACGGCAAUCUAGGGAGCGUCUUAAGUGGCCAAGGGAGAACCGCCGAGGCCGAAUGGGCCUUUCGUAAGGCUCUACUCUACCGACCCAAUAUGGCCGACGUCCACUACAACUUGUAA